CUUUUCCUCCUCCUCCUCAUCUCCUCCUCCUCCUCCUCCUCCUGGCCGCUGCGGCGCGGGGGCUGCGGGCGGAGCGGCGGCGCCAUGAGCGGGGCGGCGGCGGCCAAGAGCGAGAAGCUGGACGAGGCUCAGGCGCUGGCCCGCAGCUGCGCGGGCAGACCCGACUUCCAGCCGUGCGACGGGCUCUCGCUCUGCGCCACGCACAGCCACGGCCGCUGCUUCCGCCUGCACUGGUGCUGCCACCUGGGAUGGUGCCACUGUAAAUAUGUCUACCAGCCCAUGACGCCCGUGGAGCAGCUUCCCAGCACCGAAAUACCCGUCCGCCCUCGGGAGUCUCCGAACACAAUCCAGAUCUCCGUCUCGCUCACCGAACACUUCCUCAAGUUCGCUCCCGUCUUCCAGCCCCCGCUGCCCCCCGACUCCCCGCAGUUCUGCACCAUCGCAGACCUCUUCAUUGACAAUUACCGCGUGAAAUGCAUCAACGGGAAGAUGUGCUAUGUGCAGAGGCAGCCUCCCCCCGUGCCCCACAAGACAAAGCCCGAGGAAGUCUCUGUUCGCAAUGCCUUAAUCACAAAAGAGAGCAAUACACCAAAAACAGAUCACUGCUCGUCCCCUUCCAGCUCUGAGGACUCCGGGAUCAAUGCGGUGGGGGUUCACUACAUGGAGUCGUGCGAUGAGGACACGGAGGGGGUGGCCGAGCUGAGCUCAGAAGAAGACUACAGCCCAGAUAGCAGCUGGGAACCAGAUGAGUGCCCGCUCUUGUCACCCUCGCAGUGUGAAAUGGAAGUGAUUGAGACUAUAGAAACCACCGUGUGAUCCGACGAGUUGGUGUCAGAUCAGUCCAGUUCCCACUCAGUAACGUUGCUUUUGUAGUCUUUAUAUUUUCUGUUUUUUUUCUGACAAUCCCUUUUUUCCAGUGCACUUGAUAUUUCGGAUUCCUCACGGGAGCGCGGCCACGGGACUUGCAUAUUGGUGAAACAGCAGCAGCCUGAGCAAUUUUAACGUGUUCUCAGCCUGAUCAGAUCUCCCACGUCUGCACGUAAGGUAGUGAUAAAUCUUAAGACUUUUAUAGCUGGAAAAAGGCCUUUUUCUUGGUCUGGGUUACAUCAUAACGCUACUUCUCAUACGAGGAUGUGCCACUCAGCAUGUUUUCAGCACUCGGGAUGUUUGCUGGGGGCCUUCAAAGCACAGAGGGUGAGCUGGUGCAGCACGCCUGUGAGCAGCAAAACCAAGUUGUCCUUAUUUCUUACAAAGAACUAUGCGAAGCGCAGCGACAAGAGGCUUUUUCUGUCUCUGGCCUUCCGCGUGGUCCAUGCUUUUUUCUAGUGCUGGCGUGACCCUUCUCGAAUGCUGUUGGUACCACUCUUCCAGUGGGUUGGUAUGGCAGGCAAGAGAACGCACAAAGUGCCUCCAACUUCUCCAGGCUAUGCACCGAGCAUCUGCUGAGUUAGGUCCGGCUCUGAAAUCUCCUGGGAGGGCAGCUGUUGCUCCUGAGGGUCAUCCGUUGCCCGGGUCCAGCCGCUCCUUCCUCUGCAUGGAUCUUUGGAAGGGGAUCUGGCUUUUGCAGCUCAGCAGGAGGGGGAGCAGGCAGGGAGGAAGCGCGGCAGUACCAAUACCAAUCUAGACUGGGGUGUAAAGCGAAGGCGAAGGGCAGUGACUACCUCCAAACAUGCAAAACCCACCCCUAGCUUUGCCCGCUGCUUCCUCCCGCGCCGCGCUGGUUGUGCCCAGAUACGUGCACUCAGGACCAAACGGCCUCAGGGCCCGCAUUUGCCUGAAGAAAAACAAAGAUUAAAAACAAAACAUUUGAGCCACACCACUGUGCUGGCAGAGCUCGGGGACGGCGUGGAGGUGCCCGUGCGAGGAAGCCCGUGCACUUGGCAGUGCUGGUCACGGUACCGCCUGGGGUCAUCCUAGCUGGGCCAGGAGGCUUCGGCUCACUCAGUUCAAGAGCAGGUUUUCAAUAGAGCUCUCCUCAAGCAGCCGAGGAGAAAGAGCCGUUCUGCUGGAGGGCUGGUUUCAGCUUGAGUCAGUUGGAGUCAGUAAUGACUGUUUUGCAGCAGCGUUACUGAACUGCUUUGUGUGUUUGCAGUUUACGUUUCACAAGUCACUGGUGAAUAUAAGGCUGUAUAAACAUGUACAGUUUAGUGAUUGAUACUAGAUAUAGUCGGUGUCAUAGGGUGGCUCAUCUCUCACUGUAUCCUGACAAUGUAUGACUAAUUUUAUACACUUUGUAAUCAGUAUCUUUAGGAAACGUUUAGGCAACAGUGUGUGUCUGUGCACAUGCGCGUGUGCUAGGAGUUUACCAUCAAUGGUUAUAAAGUAAUACUGUACUUUUUAGACUAACACUUUCGGACAAAAAUAAUAGGUUUUAUAGUUUUGAUGACUUCUAUAAAAAGUGCAAUGCUUGUUAAACGAGGAACUUGGGCCAUUGCAUGGACAGAUGCGUUCUCACAAGGCACUUACAAAGCAUUCUGUUUUUCUGAGGGCAUUUAAGCAAAGGCUGUAGUAGGACUAAGUAG